AUUGGGAGAAUACAGGAAAAAACCCAGCCCUCUCCUACAGAGCCUCAACCAGAGACAGCUACUACCAGCAGGCGAGCGGGGCUGCCUGAAGCCAGCGGCAGAGCCAGUUCCACAUCUGCGGCCGGUGCAACCUCCUGGCAACUACCAGCCGCUAUCCACCAGGCUCUCCAGGAUAGGUGCUCCGGUAGAAAGUCAGGCAUUUAGCUGGUCCUCAUGUCAGACAAACCCAGCCCUGGGCCCGGCCCCACUUUGGCACCCGGCAAUGAUUUUGGAGAGAUUCACAACUGGACAGAACUGCUCCACCUUUUCAACCACACCUUUUCUGAUUGCCACACGGAACUCAACGAGAAUGCCAAGCAAGUCGUCCUCUUCGUCCUCUACCUGGCCAUCUUUGUGGUAGGGUUAGUGGAGAACAUUCUGGUGAUAUGCGUCAACUGGCGCCGCUCAGGCCGAGCGGGGCUGCUGAACUUGUACAUCCUCAAUAUUGCCGUCGCAGACCUGGGCAUCAUCCUGUCUCUGCCCGUCUGGAUGCUGGAGGUCAUGCUGGACUACACCUGGCUCUGGGGCAGCUUCUCCUGCCGCUUCACCCAUUACUUCUACCUUGCCAACAUGUACAGCAGCAUAUUUUUCCUCACGUGCCUCAGCAUUGACCGCUACGUCAGUCUCACCAGUGCUUCUGCCUCCUGGCAGCGCCACCAGCACCGAAUACGGAGGGCCGUGUGCGCAGGCGUCUGGGUCCUCUCGGCCAUCAUCCCACUGCCUGAGGUGGUGCAUAUUCAGCUGAUGGAUGGCUCUGAGCCCAUGUGCCUCUUCCUAGCACCUUUCGAGACGUACAGCACAUGGGCCCUGGCGGUGGCUUUGUCUGCUACCACCCUGGGCUUCCUGCUGCCCUUCCCUCUCAUUGCGGUUUUCAACAUCCUAACAGCCUGCCGCCUUCGGAAGCAAGGACGGCCAGAGAGCAGGCGCCAGUGCCUGCUGAUGUGGGCUUACAUAGCCGUCUUUGUCAUCUGCUGGCUGCCCUACCACGUGACUAUGCUGCUGCUCACCCUGCAUGCGACCCACAUCUUCCUCCACUGCCACCUGGUUAACCUGCUCUACUUCUUCUACGAAAUCAUCGACUGCUUCUCCAUGCUGCACUGUGUCCUCAACCCCAUCCUGUACAACUUUCUCAGCCCCAGCUUUCGGGGCCGGCUGCUGAGCAUUGUGGUCCGCUACCUUCCCAAGGAGCAGGCCAGGGCAUCAUCCUCCACCCAACACUCCAUCGUCAUUACUAAAGAGGGCGGGCUGCCGGGGCAGAUCUCCACCCCAACCCCAUCCGAAACUCUCAAGAGGCAUCUCCUCUGCCUCCGAACACUUCGGCUACACUCGGCAACUCCAUAGGCAGCUAAGAUGGAUUCCAGACUCUUCCAUCGGUAACGAAGUCCAGAUCUGGGGGAGGAGACAGGGGAGUAACUGGCUUGUUCAGGGUCAAUUUUAAAUAUAUCAGAACCUUGCUGUGGGGAGCUGGGGAAAAGGUUGGGAAGGACAGGGUAUGGUUCCUCCCUUGGUGGUAAGCUAUUUGUUUGGGACUUCUUGGCUAAGAGAGCCGCACAGGUGGGGGGAGGGGUGAAAUAAAUAAAUUAGUAGCGACAGCUGUGCUGGGAUCUGAGCGCUGUGCACGCCCAGCUGGGCUUCGGAAGGCACGGAAGCGCAGGAAUGUUCUGCAGAGGGAACUGGAUGCCCCUGUUCAUAAAUCACCCUGGCCGGAAAGAGUCCGCGCCGCAGGAACCUUGCAAAACUUUGCUUUUGUGUUUGUGUGCUUGUUGAUCUUCCAGCUCACUAAGCAAGUUGUGGGGACAAGGGGCCAGAGGCCAAGGACCCAGGAGGCUUCUGCCGGGCCAUUCUAGCAGUACACAGCGAGUCAGAUAAGGGGGUGGGGACUACAGCCUGGCCAGCUGGGUCUUCGGCAGGCACCCCACCGCCGGCUCAGCAGGAUGGUCCCUCCACCCAGACAUCCAGGAAGUGUGGCUCCAUUUCCCUGUGGUACCCUCCCUUCCCCCACCCAUCCUGCUCCCCUACCCCCCCCCAAAGCCGAGACCUCCUCACGAUGACCUCCCGGUUUGAACCUAGGAUAUACCCCAUUUCCUAGAGAAGCACAGAGCCACCUAGUGACCCCACCCCACCCCAUCUCCCAGAUUACCACAAAGUAUCUGGGGACAUUCAUUGUGUGCCUCUGCCUUUGUCCCCUGCUGGGAGAGGGAAAGGAGCCAAAGACUGGCUUCCCCAUUUCCAGAACUCUACAGUAAGUUCUCCCUAGCCAAGUCCUUCCAAGGUCUCCCUGCCCAGCACCUUGUCUAGGAACACUAUAAUAGAUAAUAUAUCCUCUUGCUAACAGGUGAGUCCGCGGCAAAGGCUCGGGUGCCAGACUUGGGAAACAGGGCGGGAAACAUGAACUCUAGCUUCUGCCUUGUGUCCUUGGCCCCUGGGCAGCAUCUGGAGGUCGAUGGACUUGCAGUCUGCUCUGGUAAGGGGUGCCCCCAUAAUUUCCUCUGAUUCUUCACUGUCUGUCUCUCUGGCUCUGCUCACCGGCAGCGUCCCUGGAAUGUGUGUAUGUGUGCGUGUGCACGUGUGUGAGAGCACGCAUGCGUCCAGACAUGCUCAAGUGUGUGCCCAUGCAUACGGAAGGUAAACAUCAGAUGUCUCCAUCAACUGACCUCCAACUUCUUUUCUGAGAUAGGUCUCUCACUGUACCUCCAGAGCUCCAGGGAUCUGUCCAUCACCCCAGUCUAGCUUACAGAAACCUCACCCUCUACUUGCCAGACCAAUCCCUCAGACGCUGUGCCAAAUGUGCAGAGAGAACCAACGUCGACUCUGUGCACUGGCUCCAAAGCUAACAGGCUCUUAGAGACAGCUCCUCAGGGGCAGAGUUCAAGGCUUUUUGGCCCAGAAGUCUUAGUUGCUGCUUAAGUUACAGUAAAAAUUUAACCAAAUAAUGCAGAAAUUGCAUUAAAAACCCUUCUUCUUGUCCCCAUUUACAAUGAAGGCAAAGUUCUGAUGCCCAUACCACUGUGACACUGGUACACAUCUUACACCUUGAGACCAGGUGUCACUGAGCAAAUCUCCUGAGGGCUGUUCACCCAGAAGGGAUGAGCAGAAAUAGAUACACUGACUACAAGCAGAUGACUGGCCAGGCCUCAGGCUUCGGGACCAAAGGGACCACAGGUCAUGUUCUGAGGACCUAACUUACAGAACGCCAAGCCUCUGCCUCCUGUUUGCUCUUCCUUUUCCACCCCAUCUGCCUCCCACACUACUUCCCCAUGAAGUGGCAAUAGCAAGAACCCUUGCUUCCUGACUUUGGGCUGAGACUCUGCAAGAGGCCCACUGGACUCUCCAGGCUGCAAGAUCACCUCAGGGAAGUUUCCCUGAGACACUGAGUACUUGACUUCAAUUCUCUCUAAAAAACAGCCAACACACCAGUCCUGGGGAAUUCCAGCGUCAGGAAAACACAAUGUGUUAUCUGAAAGAAUCCUGGCAUCUGCGGGGCUGGCGUGAGCUCUAGAGGUCAGCCAGAGUCAGACGCUGAACUCCGGGCCUGAGCAAACAUGCAUGCACACGGAAAAAGAACUCCCACUUCAAAUUUCUUUCUUUUUUUCUUUUUUAUUCUAAAUAAAAACCACACUUUGUGCUGAACAAUGGAAUAUAAAAGAACCAGAUGUAAGAUUUUAGACGUCUACUAUUUGGGGGAAAAGGUUUACAAAAUAUACAAAACUUUACAGCAGAUAGUAAACACUUAAAUAUUAGGAGGUCAGUACUUCUUAAUUUAAUGGAAGGGUUAGACAUCAACAGCUUCUCUGCUUCACCAGAGACUUGAGCUACUCCAGGUGGGGGAGGGUGGGACUGACGAGGACGGUGUCGAACAUCAUCACGUGUCGUUUGCUCUGACACUGGCUGUGAUGUGUACCCACUUUCUGACUCACAUGGAGCAACACUUCGGGGAGAGGGAGAGGACAUGUAGGUACUCCCAGACAGGCAGAGACUACUUCAUAGGGCCCACUCCCUUGCCAACAAACUCAGUGUCCAUCUAGAAGGGGAUUAAAUUAAUUUUCAAAGUUGAGUAGUAUAGGGGCUAGUGGAAAGGGCACAGCAGGAGGCCAAAAGAGGAAGACAAUCAGUAGCAAAAUCCUGCCUGGGGGGAAAAGCACUGAAGUUUACAGGUUUGCCCUGUGGACAGGGGGCUGUGAAUGUCACAAUAAAGAAAAUAUAACUCUUACCUAUUUCCUGGUUCUUAGGGUUACCUGACCCCCACCAACAUCACUUUUCUUCCCAACUAACCAUGAACUUCGGGGACUCCAAAGAAUCUCAAAACUUAAAACCAAAUAUUAGGGUUCAUUCAGUAGAGUUUCCAGCCAGUAUAUGACAUGACUGACCAUCAGGGGUCACCCGCAGCCUCCAAGGACACACAGGCCAUGCUGUCUAUGCAGCUUACCACACCAACAUUACAAUUUCCCUUAGGAAACCAACUAGGAAUGUUGACUUCAUGCUCUCCAAACAGUCAGCCAGCCAGCCAGCCCGGGUGACUGCUGGGCAGAGUUCUGAAAACUCUGCAGGUGGGUCCUGAGUACAGACCAAAAGGAGAGGGGGCAAAAAUGGAGCAUUCUAGGGUCAAAGAGAACUCUAAAGCAGUACAGCCGGGGAUAGUGUUAAAUGGAAAUUCAAAA